GCCAAAAGCCCUUGGAAAAUUCCCCUACCACCAAACCAAACCGAGUCAAUUUUUAUUGUUUUUCUUGUGUUUAAUUCCUUUUUAUGACAAACAAUUAGGAAAGAGAAAAAAAAAACAUAUACCACAUAACAUACCCUUUCAAAUCUACAAAUCAAGUUUUCAUCUUUCUCAAUUCCUUUUCAUGUCCAAACCUUAAAUCAAUUUCCCAACAUAUCUUCUAUCUAAGGUUUUGGACAUUGUUGGAAAUAACAACAAGGUGUUUGAUGGUUUCCACUUUUACAUGUUAUUAUGGUGUCAGUAUUCAUUAGUAGGCAUUUGAUUUCUGGAGCUUUUGAUAGUGACUUGGGAUCAGUAACGUAGAUGGUGUAGAUAAGAUAGAAAAAAAAAACUAGUUGUGGUGUGGGUGAGGUUAUGUAAGGCAUGGUAUCGGCUACAAUUAGGCGAAUCGUGUCACCCUGUUGGAGGCCAUCUAGUGAGGGCGAUUCUAGUAGGUAUGGCGAUGCAAGUGGACGUUCCGAGGGUUUGUUGUGGUAUAAGGAUUCUGGAAGACAUGCAAAUGGUGAAUUCUCAAUGGCUGUUGUUCAAGCAAACAAUUUGUUGGAGGAUCAUAGCCAGGUUGAAUCAGGACCCAUGAGCUUAACUGAAGGAACUCCUCAUGGUACUUUUGUUGGUGUUUAUGAUGGCCAUGGAGGCCCAGAGACUGCUCGGUUUGUCAAUGAUCGCCUAUUUAAACAUAUGAAGAAGUUCACUGCAGAAAACCAGGGAAUGUCGGCUGAUGUUAUCACGAAAGCAUUUAUGGCAACAGAAGAAGAAUUUCUUGCUCUGGUGAAGAAGCAGUGGCAACACAAGCCACAGAUAGCGUCAGUUGGAGCUUGCUGUUUGGUAGGUGUAAUAUAUAACGGAGAGCUCUAUACUGCAAAUGCAGGAGAUUCUCGAGCAGUGUUAGGUAGAAUGGAUGAGGCUACAAAAGAGGUUAAAGCGGUUCAACUAUCUUAUGAGCACAAUGCUAGCCUGGAAUCUGUCAGAGAAGAGCUACGCUCGUUGCAUCCCAAUGAUCCACAGAUCGUAAUGAUGAAGCACACGGUCUGGCGCGUGAAGGGUCUCAUUCAGAUUUCAAGAUCCCUUGGCGACGCCUAUCUAAAGAAGAAAGAGUUUAACCAAGCACCACUGUUGUCGAAAUUCCGGCUCUCAGAACCCUUUGAAACGCCAAUACUUAAAGCUGAACCAACAAUACAAGUACAGAAACUAGAACCUAGUGAUCAAUUUAUUAUAUUUGCAUCAGAUGGAUUAUGGGAGCAUAUGAGCAAUCAAGAAGCAGUUGACAUUGUCCAAAGCUGUCCACGCAAUGGAGUAGCAAAGAAACUUAUAAAAUCAGCGCUUUGUGAAGCUGCAAAGAAAAGAGAAAUGAGAUACUCAGACUUGAAAAAGAUUGACCGUGGUGUACGGAGACAUUUCCAUGACGACAUCACGGUCAUAGUUGUGUAUCUUGAUUCGCAUAAUUCGCGAGCUCCCACCGUUUCAAUUAAAGGAGGUGGUGAUUUUGGUACCGGUAUUGUAAAUGGCUAGAUUGAGAGUUUUUCUACAUAAUAUAUAUCAAUUCAAGUUCCUCACCAUCUCUUGAAUUUGAAUUCCAAAUGUAAAUUUUUCUCUCCUCAUAGUCCCAGGGUUAGGGAUAAUAGCUUUAACUUUCAAGAACAAAUUCCCUCUCCCUUUCUCUCUUUGGCUUAUUUUCUUUAUUUUCCUUUUCCAUCAAAGCAUUUUAUGCAGUGUUUGAAUUAUUUUUACCAUUCAUUAUUAAUUCCAUAGAAGAUAUUAUUAUUACUCUUGAGACUGUGCCUCACAGAAGAACAGAUACAUGAGUUUUUUUCUAAGUUUUAUUUGAGAAAUAUAGUAUAUACAUCACUAUUGUUCUUUAUUAUGA